ACAGUCCGCGACAAGGUUGCACUGUAUAACGCAUAUGUAAACGCACUCGAAACGGCCCGCGCGAAGAGGACCUGUUGCGCUCGCCUGCCCGUGCUGUGCUUGCUGUGAGUGCCCCCAUGGAGUAACAUGUCCUCCGACAGCCAAGACUUCGACUCGAAGAUGGACGUCAACGCCUCCAGCACGUCCGCCUCCCCCAGGACGCCCCCCAACUGCGCCCGCUGCCGCAACCACCGCCUCAAGAUCGCCCUCAAAGGCCACAAGCGCUACUGCAAGUACCGCACCUGCAAGUGCGAGAAGUGCCGGCUGACCACCGAGCGCCAGAGGGUGAUGGCCAUGCAGACGGCGCUCCGGAGGGCCCAGGCCCAGGACGAGGCCAUGCUCCGGAGCGGCAGCGCCGUCGACCCCGCCAUCAUGCAGGUGCCGCUCAAGAGCCCCUCGCCCAUCCACGCCAUCGAGAGGAGUCUGGACUGCGACUCCUCAGCCUCCUCGCAGUGCUCCAACCCGCCGCCCGCCAUCCGGAAGAUGACUCCGGUGCCUGCCGUGCCCUCGAGCACUUCCGUCAACAUUGGGACGAUCGCUCAAAGCACGGACCUGUUAGAAGAUUGUCAAAAAUUACUCGAACGGUUCAAGUAUCCGUGGGAAAUGAUGCCGUUGAUGUACGCCAUCCUGAAGGAUGCGAGGGCCGACUUGGAAGAGGCUUCCCGGCGGAUCGAUGAAGGAAAGCGUGUUGUGAAUGAGUACUCAAGACUGCACAACCUCAACAUGUACGACGGAGUGGAGCUUCGAAAUUCAACGCGUCAGUAUGGAUGAUUAAAAAAUUAACCAUCACCCAAAAUUUGUAGUUUCGAUUAACUUCCUCUUGCUUUCUGUUCAAAUUCAGUAGAUUUUGGGUGUUUUUCAAAAUUUUGUUGCCAGUCUGAAACAGUAAUGCAUGUCCCCUUUUUUCUUUACCAUUUAUAGAUAACAAGAACCAAGACCGACGAAGUUUCAGCAGCAAUCCAUCCUUCAAGUCCGUCAACCUGCAGUUUAAAUGCAACGUCUUAAUAUAGACUUCGUCGCACCGCAUCAGCUCAAGCCGUCUUAUUUAUUGUUGUUACUGAUAGUUAAACCAAAUAUUUAAUGCAUUAAAGUAUUAUACGUGGACUCAAGAAACCUCAGAGGACCGAAGCUUCGUUAUUUUGUGGACAGUAUUUUUUUAUCGUAUUACUAGAAAUAUUUAGCUUUAGUAACAUUUCUCAAACAUUUCAAAGUUGUAAAGUAUAUUUUUGAUGUGAAAUUUAUGACAACUGGGAACGUUUACCCAAAAUGUUUUUGAAGAAGUAGAGAAUGUGUCACAAGAGCAUUCUAAAUCUUAUAAGGUCGUGACACUGAAAUUCUGUUAGACUUCUGCCAAAGACUUAAGGAUAAGUUCCAGUUGUCGUGGAAAAUGAUAUCGCUAGUGGACGUUAUUCUCAAAUAUGCCAAAGAUCAAGACGAGGCGUGGAGGCAGAUUGAUGAAGCAUUCCUAGAAAUUCGAGCCUUGGCCGCCGUCGAAGCAGCAAGGUACACCUACCACCACAUCCCUUAUUCAGGAUUGUACCCAAAUGCUGCAACUGCGAUCUAUCCGCCCGUAUAUUUGCCAUCCAUGUCCAUGUAUCAUCCUGCCACUCUGUUAGGAUCAGUCCCCACAAGCACGUCGCCGUCUCACUCGCCGCCCAUCGUCCCUAGAGCCAUAAGGCCCAGCAGUAGAGCGUGAUAAAGACGUUGCGGGACAUCGUUAAACACGAGGGGACUGUUUUGUGAUUGUGGAUGCAAAUUGCAUCACUUUGAAUGUAGUAAGUAUUUACUCUUCCAAGUCAAUCCGUCUCUUCAAAAGUGUAAUAAUCGUCCUAGCCGUUACAAUAACUUUAUGUAAUCAAUCAUAGCAAUAAAUUUCUUGAGUUCCAACAAUUGGAAUUAAAAUUCCCACAGUUUUUGAAUGCGCAGCUUAACGAAAGACGUCCCAAAAUUGUAAUUUUCAGUCUUUCUGUGUGUUCCGUUAAAUACAAUAAUAUUUAAUGUAAAUAGAAUUUAAAUUUAUUUUUUGUACAAAGAGUGUCUGAAAAGAUGUUUUGUUUGAGUGUUUUUACAUUUUAAGGUUUGUGGCCAGAAUUGAAGGCCUUGUGAUAUUAAAUGACUUAAUAUUACACUAUAGUGUUACUUAACUUCCAAGAACUUGACCGAAUUAUUAAUGUUAGUUGAUAGAAUGUUAAAAGAGUUUACAAAACUUUACUUCCUCGAGAUCAACUUUACUAGAAUGUGGUAAAAGAUUAAAAAUCACAAAAUUUUUAUGGCUUUAUCGCAUCUUUAGGCACUUAUCUUCUUAAAUGGUUUUGCGGUUUGUGGUAGGUACGGCAGAUACCUAUAUAAUUAGCAGGUCAUUUACGGCAUGUAUUAAUCAAUACUUAU